UCCUGAAUGCUUUCGUUCUUUAAGGUCUCAGCACUUUAGAUCCUUUCCUGGUUAUAAGGUUCCUUGUCCUUAUUACAUGCAAAGGGGCAUACUUGUCUCCACGUCAGUGAGAAGCAAGAAUAAAAAGAAGACUACAGUAAGGAGACGCUUACAGCAUACCCUGAAUAAUGUAUGACCCAGCAGUAAAAUAUCAACCAUGCAGUACCACAGACACAUUGGACACUAUCAAUAUGACACACGAGCUGCCCCAGACCGUUGUCCAGAUAUUGGAUCCUACAGUGAAUGGUGAAGUUAAGAAAAAAGGUCGUAAAAAAACACUUUCAGGAGCUGUCUUAAGCUUUUAUAACAUCAACUACAAAGUAAAGGUGAAAAGUGGAUUAAUCUGCUGCAGAAAAGUUACGGAGAGAGUAAUACUGAAUGAUGUCAAUGGAAUUAUGAGGCCCGGACUCAAUGCGAUACUAGGGCCAACUGGCAGUGGCAAAUCAUCAUUGCUGGAUGUGCUUGCUGCCAGAAAGGAUCCCAACGGUCUCAGUGGACAGGUGUUAGUAGAUGGGGAACCCCAACCAUCUAACUUUAAGUGCCUCUCUGGUUAUGUUGUUCAGGAUGAUGUUGUUAUGGGAACAUUGUCGAUAAGAGAGAAUCUACAGUUCUCUGCAGCACUCAGGUUACCAAGGUCCGUAAAACAAAAAGAAAAGGAUGAACGCAUCAAUCAGGUUAUCAAGGAGCUUGGAUUAACCAAAGUAGCAGAUUCUAAGGUUGGCACCCAGUUCAUCCGUGGGGUUUCAGGAGGUGAGAGGAAAAGAACAAACAUUGGAAUGGAGUUAAUUACUGAUCCUGGCAUUUUAUUUUUGGAUGAACCAACAACUGGAUUGGAUGCUAGCACUGCUAAUGCAGUUCUGCUGCUGCUCAAAAGAAUGUCAAGACAAGGCAAAACAAUCAUCUUCUCUAUACACCAGCCUCGAUAUUCCAUAUUUAGGCUUUUUGACAGCCUAACUUUGCUGGCAGGAGGAAGACUUUUAUUUCAUGGACCUUCAAGAGAUGCCCUCGAUUACUUUACAGGCCUGGGAUAUGAGUGUGAAUCCCAUAACAACCCUGCUGAUUUCUUUCUGGAUAUUAUCAAUGGAGACUCAACAGCUGUGGCUCUAAACAAAUUGGAGGAUGUUGAGCUAGAAAACGAGCAAAAGGAGGUGAAUGAUAAUGGCUCCAAGACUGUUGUGGAGAAUCUGUCAGAACAGUUCUGCACCACUUCCUACUAUCUGGAAACUAAAGCAGAGCUGGAGAAAAUGUCCUUGGGGAAGAAAAUAAAGAGUAAUUUUUUCGCAAGACAAAUCACAUACAAUACUUCCUUUUUACAUCAGCUUAAAUGGGUGUGCAAACGAUCCUUUAAAAACCUCUGGCGUAAUCCUCAAGCCUCUAUUGCUCAGGUAAUGGUUACUCUUGUGUUAGCACUAAUUGUGGGAGCAAUUUUCUUUGGAGUGAAAGAAGAUGUUAGUGGAAUUCAGAACAGAGUUGGAUCCCUAUUUUUUGUAACAACUAAUCAGUGUUUCAGCAGCGUUUCAGCUAUUGAGCUCUUCAUUGUGGAGAAGAAGAUAUUUAUACAUGAAUACAUCAGUGGGUACUACAGGUUGUCUGCAUACUUUUUUGCCAAGUUGUUUACAGAUCUUCUUCCUAUGAGGACACUGCCCAGCAUCAUAUUUACUUCUGUUAUUUAUUUUAUGAUUGGAUUCAAAGCUACCGCAGGAGCCUUUUUUACCAUGAUGUUCACCUUGAUGAUGAUUGCAUACACUGCUGCAUCUAUGGCAUUGGCUGUAGCUGCUGGCCAGGAUGUUGUUGCUGUGGCAAACCUCCUAAUGACUAUUUGCUUCGUCUUUAUGAUUAUAUUUUCUGGUUUGCUGGUUAACUUGACAUCUGUAAUGGAUUGGAUUUCCUGGCUCAAGUACUUCAGUAUUCCUCGAUAUGGCCUUACAGCUCUCCAGAUAAAUGAAUUCACUAACCUCAACUUCUGUAAUGGCCUGAACACUACCAUCCAAGGCAAUCCCAAUUGCACAGGAUCUAGCCCUUUUGGCACGUGCACCGGAGAAGAGUAUUUAACAGUGCAAGGAAUCGAUUUCAGCACAUGGGGCUUAUGGCAGAAUCAUUUGGCUUUGGCUUGCAUGAUUGCAAUAUUUCUAACCAUUGCUUACCUAAAACUGUAUUUUAUGAAGAAGUUAACAUAAGCUCUGAUUUUCCAAAGUCAAGGACUAUUUUCUGUUUUCUAUAUUUAUAUUACUUGUAGAAUCAAGAAUAUAUGGCCUUUUUAGCCAUAGUGCUUGAUGCACUAAACCUAAUUAAUCCCCCAAAGGAGAGGUUAAAUUAUUGCCGUUACAGCCCUGCUCUCUAGGGUAUGUGUCUUAGGUUUAUUUUCUAUGCUAACAUUGUUUUUAAUGUUACUUUUACUACUAUAACAUUUUUGUGUUUAAAAUUUGGCAAGGGCACAGGCAUAGGCACAUGGAACAUAUAUACUCUCAGCCCUGUGUUUUUCAGUCAGGAUGAGAGAAGCACGGUUCCGCUUGCCUCCUCUGCACCAUGUGCCUGCACUAAAAACAGUAACAGUGGAGGGGAUCUGCAGUGUUUUUCAGGCCAACUUCCAAUCCCCUCCGCUCGGUGUGCCCGCACUCCCAGCCUGACUGAAAAACACAGGGCUAAGAGAAGCAUAUAUAUGCACCGCGCGCCCUUGCCAUUAAUGCUCAGCAGUCCGUGAGAAGAGUUGCAAAGCUGUGUCCAUGCACAUAAUACAGACAGGGCAAGAACUUUUGGAUGCUUAUCUAUUGUUUCCUGUUGUGCGUUCAUAUAAAUAUGCUGCAGCCUCUGAGGAGCCAAGAAGGUGCAGUGCAUCAUGGAUCCCUUCUAACAUUGGACAAGUAGCUCCAUUUACUUCCAGAACUAUUCCUUCUCAGUAAUGUAAAUAUCUUGUGUCCAGAGUUACAAAUACAAAUAAUAUGUUAUCUUAUAUUAACACUGUUUGUCUUAUUUGUUUUGCAAAAAAUGUUUUUGUAUGUGAUUAUUGCCUUAACUCAAAUCAGAUCAACACCUUCUAUUUACUAAUGCUAAACUGCAAAGCAUCUGCUAAAAUCUGUUCAGAGCAGUGCACAAGAUUAUUUUGUAAAAUCUUUAAAUAACUGGUUACAACAUCUGUUCGUCAAAAUAAGGUUGUACUGCAGUGUUGAUUUAAAAGAAAAAUAAAAUACACUUUGUUAUUUGAACCCUGAA